AUGUUGCGAUUAAAUUUAAAUAUUUUUAAGGAAUAUGAGAUAUUUUAUCGAAACGCUGAUCCACCUUUGAAUAAUUUUGCAAAAGGUAAUGUCUUGUUAAUUCAUGGGCAGUCGUUCUCCUCGAGUACAUGGCUUCAACAUUCCACAAUGGAGGUAAUUGCGGCAGCUGGUUAUCGAGUAAUCGCGAUUGAUUUGCCUGGUUGUGGAAAAACUAGAGGUCCUGCUGUACCUGAUGAGAAAAAAGCUGAAAUUUUAUUGCGCACUAUCAGAGCCCUUGAACUUGACUCGGUGAUUAUAAUUGGACAUAGUAUGGCUGGACAGUAUAUUAUACCAUUGCUUGGAAAUGAACGAAUACGAUGUAUUGUAGCUAUAGCAUUGUCAAAUACAAACAUGGUGCCGCUGAAUGCAGAAAAUAUAAAAACACCUGUGCUUAUAGUUUGGGGUGAUAAAGACACUAGUCUUGGUCCAACUUGUGCUUCUAACUUAAAACGGCUUCCGAAUUCCAAGCUUUUGAAAAUAACUUCUGCAGGGCAUGCAUGCUAUUUAAACGAUCCGCAAUUAUUUCAGUCAGCAUGUUUAAAUUUUUUUGAUUUGGUGAGACAUUAUUCAAAUUGCUAA